AUGUUGGAGAUCAGCCGGGGGAUGAUGAGCUUACCCUCCUUCACGGCACCAUCCAGCGGAUUGCAAGCUGGACUGGGAAGAUUCAGCGAAUGGCAUGGCACCAAGAUACGGCCCAUCGCCGGUCAAGCCCACCGGCAGAAUGGCACUGUUGAGCGCGCGAUUCGCACUUGGAAAGAAAUUUGGAGCAGACUUGUGGACGAAUGGUCCGCAUCCUCCGACGAGCCCGGCAUGAUCAUCACUGUGACCAACACGGCGAACACCCUCCGCAGGGAUUCAGGUUUUAGCCCUUCUCAGGCCCACAUCAUCAGCUACGAUCGCCUGCCCGCGAACAUUCUCUUCGGAUAUCUGCCAAGGAGGCCUAUUUCAAGUCCCAGAACGACUCUCGACUACGACGUUCCCUUCUACAACGUUCCCGUGUGGCGGGAACAGGACUUCGGUGACGAGGAGAUGUACGAGGAACAGGACACCGACUGUCCGAGGCCCCUCGACGACAUUGCUCUCGCCCCCGAAGACGCGGACCAAGCCCAACGACACCUCAGAGAGAAGGAACCAGACGUGAACCGUGUCCGUACCAAAGGUCCCCCAGCUCAACAAGCCGGGGCUACCUACAACGAGGCCUACAUGAUGAAGUUUCCCAAGACACAACGUGGCAAGGAAAAGGCUCUGGAGAAGGAACUCCCUUGGGCUCUGAUCCCUUUGGAUCAGCACCAAGGAAUCCUCUUGCUCUUGCAAAUCCUCGCCUCGAAUCUGGACAAGGGCUGGGGCGGCUACGCCGGGGACGUGACGGCAGCGUUUCUUUGCGGAGAAGAAAGAAUUGCAGAGGGAAUUCCCAUUUUUGGCUUGGUGGACAGUCCGGCCGCCUGGUGGAACAAGUUCCGGAAAACGAUGCAAGUGCUCACCGUGGACCACGACGGCAAGAAGUGGAAGGUGGUACAAUGCAGUUUGGAUCACUGUAUCUUCAUGGUGCAAGAGGUGAUCGCCAUAAAUGAGGAGGAGAUCAGCAGCCGUUUUCCCAUCAGAGACCUGGAAGCCGACAAGUUCGACUACGUUGGAUCCUACAUCGAGAUCGGGGAGAGCUGUGUUGACGUCGACAAGGACAUCCUCGACCACUUCGAGGCCACGGAGACCCAGAAGUACGAUAACAUGUCGUUGAUCGGAGCACUCUCGUGGAUGGCAGAAGGAGCCUGCCGUCGGAGAUGUGCGCUCACCAACCAGUUGGCGAGGCGGGCAAUGGAGCACAAGGAGAGCGGCCUCGUGUUCUACCCGGUGGACUUCAACGACGCGGUGCUUCUGUGCUACCACGACGCGGGAUGGGCCAACGUGCCGCAGGACCAAAAAGACCCCUACUACUCCCUCACUCCGGAGGAGAAGCCGGGGGUCUCAUCCGAGACGGACCAUUUUGCCGCAAGGAUGCGAAAGCCAAAGAAGGCCAACUCCUCCAUCACUUUGCAGCUUGGAGGAAUCUACUCUCGAAUCGAGAAGUUCCAAAUGGUGUCCCGAGAAGUUCUAAAUGGUGUCCCUCAGCAAGGCAGC